UGCCGCUAACAAAAGAAAAAAGAAAUUACAAAGAGAGGGAAACAGGAGAGUUGGAAAUUGGCGAGAUUGUGAGAGCAUUUCUGUUGGCUCCUCCUUUGAUGUGAUUAAAUUGGAGUAUCUCCAUUGAUUUGGCAGCCUGUAAGAUCCAAUUCAUCGUGUUCCUUACUUUCCAUGUGGUCUUUUUUUCCCGCAUCGAUGAAGACAUUGGAUGACGAUUAGGGCAUCACUCUCCAGAAUUAUUCUCUUGAAAUUUCGAUCUUUAGCAAUCCGAAUGCCAAGAAUUAAGGCUUUCUGGCUUCAGUCUCUAAUGGGUUUGAAGCUUGGACAACAGCAACAGCGGCAGCUUAAUUAUCUUUGAAAGCUCAAUCAGAGUUGAUUUUGAUGAAUUCUUUGGGGCGCAAAGUCCGUCCAGAUAUUGGCUGGAUUGAGAUUAUCAGUUGACAUAGGGAUUGUCUGCUCAACUGAGGUUGGAUGGAGAAGGAGCUGAUGCAGGUAUUUCAUAUUUGCUCCACAACAGACAUGCAAAGAUUCCCCAUUGCCCCCCAGCUGAAUUCAGUGGUUUAUCAGGUCUGGAAGGUUUUCUUAUGUCUUGGGUUAUUCUCAUGGAGAAAUUGGAAGCAAAAUGGGCAGCUUGAGUAACAUGGCACUUGACAAAGAGAGGCUGGACCGAUUCAGUCUAGCAAUGGCAGAGGAGACAAAGAGCGUAGGGUGAUGGUUCAAUGAAUUCCAACACCAUCGUGCCGGAUCCUCCACAAGAAAAUGUGAACUCUUGGUGGAGGUUGUUUGUAUUUUCAGAAUUUCGACUAAGGAAAAUCAGGAUUUUUACUUGAAGUUAAUGCUCUUUUAUUGAGCAGCUAUUGGAAAGACUUUGAGCUAAAUUCAGCACUCCGGGUGAAGAUCCAGAUGGACCAGACCGGCUUAUCUUCGAUUUGCUCUUCAGGAGCCAGAUUGCAGGCGUUAUGGCUUGAAGUCAGCAGUUGUAGGGAUCCAGGGAUUUUCAAGUUGAUACUGCUUCCAUCUCCAGCGAACCAACAGGAAAUCAUGAAAUAGUGGUAAUGGGUCAAAACACAGCACAAGAAGUUGAGGAGUUUAAAGUAGGUGUGGUUCUUGAUCUGAACAUGUCUAUGGCAAAGGUGUGGUUGACUUCCAUGAACAUGGCUCUCUCUGACUUUUAUGCAACUACUCCUCAUAAGAGAAGGUUGGUUUUCCAUGUAAGGGAUUCUAACAGAGAUGUCCUUGAUGCUUCCUCUGCAGCAAUAGAUUUGAUAAAAAAUGUUGAAGUCCAAGCGAUCAUAGGUCCCAUGGCAUCAGCACAAGCUAUUCACAUGGUUCCUCUUGGAAGUCGAUCUCAAGUUCCAAUUAUCUCUUUCAGUGCAACAAGUCCUUCUAUUUCUCUUUCUCAAAAUCCUUAUUUCAUUCGUACAACACUAGAAGAUUCAGCUCAAGUAAAUGCCAUUGCUGCUGUUGUGAAGGCUUUUGGAUGGAGAAGAGUUGUACCUCUUUAUGAAGACACCGAAUAUGGACAUGGUAUCAUUCCAUAUUUAGUUGACGCGCUUCAAAGUGUCAAUACCAGAGUUCCAUAUAGGAGUGUAUUCCCUGUUUCAGCUUCUGACGAUCGAAUUGUCCAAGAACUUCAUAACUUAAAGACAAUGCAAACAAGGGUAUUCAUUCUGCAUAUGGUCUCGCCACUAGGAUUACGUAUUUUCGAGAAAGCUAAAAAGAUUGGUAUGAUGAGCAAAGGGUACUCAUGGAUUGUUACCAAAGGCUUAAGCUCUGAUUUGAGUUCAUCCAAUUCUUCGGCUAUUGACACAAUGCAAGGAGUAAUAGCUAUAAGGCCAUAUAUUCCUAUGUCCAAAGAGCUUAGCUCAUUUGAAGUGCAAUGGAAAAGAAAGUUUCAGAAAGAGAACCCAGAUAUCGACUGGAAUUUGGAUAUUUUAGGUAUAUGGGCAUAUGAUACAGUUUCGGCCUUGGCAAGUGCAGUUGAGAAACUUUUAAGCACCAGUCCUCGGUUCAGUCAGCAAAAAACAACUUUGAACACAAGUGAUGUUACAAGAUUAGGUGUUUCUCAAAUAGGUCCUGAAAUUUUGCAAGGAAUUUCCAGUAUCAAUUUUAAAGGCCUGAGCGGGGAAUUUCAUGUCGUCGAUAGGCAACUGCAAUCCAAAAUCUUUCAAAUACUCAAUGUCGUAGGCAAUGGGGCUAGAGAAAUUGGAAUUUGGUCACCUUCAAAUGGAAUCAUAAGGGAUAUAAGCUUAGUUGAGACUACUAAAAGCACAUACUUGACAUCAAAUAAAGAGAAAUUACGCCCUAUCAUAUGGCCUGGGAUACUACGGACAUUCCUAAAGGUUGGGUAGUUUCAACUAAUGAGAAUAAGUUAAGAAUAGGAGUUCCAGUAAAAGAAGGUUUUAAUGAAUUUGUCAAGGUAGAAAAUAAUUCUGGUAGUCACUCGGGAUAUAAAGUCACUGGUUACUGCAUAGAUGUGUUUAAAGCUGCAUUAGAUGAGCUGCCAUACGAUGUUCCCUAUGAUCUCAUUCCUUUUCAGGAUAGCACAGGCAAAGCUGGAAGUUACGAUGAUCUUGUGUACCAAGUGAAUGCUCAGAAUUAUGAUGCCGCAGUUGGAGAUAUGACUAUUACAGCCAGUCGAUCAGAGUUGGUUGAUUUUACGUUGCCCUAUGCGGAAGGAGGGGUAUCAAUGGUGGUGCUAGUGAAAAAAGAUAUGAGCAAGGAUACAUGGAUAUACCUCAAGCCAUUGGAGUGGAAGCUCUGGGUAACAACAGGGACCUUCUUUUUUAUCAUUGGUGCUGUCGUUUGGAUUCUCGAACACAGAGUAAAUAGGGAGUUCAGAGGAGGGCCUCAUCCUUUGUAUCAGUGGGGCACCAUGCUCUCUUUCUCCUUCUCAGCACUUGUCUUUGCACAGAAGGAAAGAGUGCUAAGCUCUUUGGGUAGAUUUGUAAUUGCAAUUUGGCUUUUUGUUGUGCUAAUUAUCACACAAAGUUAUACAGCAAAUUUGACAUCCAUGUUAACGAUUCAACGAUCUGAUCCAACCUACACUGAUGUUAAUGAACUUAAGGAUGGUCGGUACAAUGUUGGUUAUCAGGAAGGUUCGUUUGUGUUUGGAAUGCUAAAACAGAUGGAUUUUCAUGAGUCCAAUCUUAUAAUCUUCAAGUCUCCUAAAGAAUUUGACGAUGCUUUCUCGAAUGGUACAAUUGUUGCUGCUUUCGAGGAGCUCCCGUACAUUGAACUCCUCCUUGCUGAAUAUUGCGGUAAAUACAUGAUGGUCGGGGAAAUCCAUCAAAAUGAUGGACUUGGUUUUGUAAGUCUCUUCUUCUCUUUUCAACAAUUCCUAUAGAUUUGAUAUGUCGCAGAUGUCGCUGUAGUACGGUGGUGAAGUGUUGGAAACUCGUCAGCAUGCAUCUAUUGUCAUUGAUCUUGGUUUGGCACUAGUGGCCUCGAACUUGCAUGAAUACUCUUUUGUUCAAAGGUUUUCCCAAAAGGUUCUCCCUUGGCUCCUGAUAUUUCAAGAAAAAUCUUGAGCAUAAGAGAGGCAGGUAAAACGAAAAAGCUUAAACGAGCUUCGUUCAAGACUGAAAGAUCUUGUUCAGACAGGGACCCCUUCGCUUCAUCAAAUAGUCUUACUCUCAGUAGCUUUUGGGUCCUUUUCCAGAUAACAGGACUCUGUGCAGCAUUCGCAGUAAUUGUUUUCUUAUGCGAAAACAAACAAAUCCUGAACGAGCCAAAUUCUACAACCUGGGAAAAAAUCAUCCAUCUGCUUACAAAGUUCUACGAAUAUGACGAGAAUCGCAUGAUCACAUAUUUUGAAUGCAAUCCUGCGUGCAGUGAGCGAAAUAAAGCCGCCGUCAAUGGAGAUCAGCAUGCAGCAGAAACUGUAGAUUUUGGUGAUUCACCUCCACUGGUUGAGAAUUCUCCAUCAAUAAUGGGUUACGGAGACGUCACCCCACAGAAUGGCAACUUUAAUACAGCAAGAAGAAACUCUACAACAUUGAGUGCUGAUUACGAUAUAGAUAUUGGAUAUUUUACACCUACAUCAGAAGGUGAUAGUACAGAAUUUGGAAAUUCUACGCCAGGAGAUGACGAUUCCGUGUCAGGCGUUAGAAACUCAACUUUACACAUUUUAAUGACACAGCAAGUUCAUAGGGAUUUUGAGGAACAUUAAUCUUUAGAUUUUAUACCUAUCUGCACGGAGUUUGGAUUUAAUUUUAAUUCUUCGAAAUUGUUUAUGUCAAAAAUGUCUGUAGAUUUACUGAUUUCAGUUGUGCAGUGUAAUUUUUUUAAUUGUUGAAAUGAUUAUUAUCUUAACUUUUCUAGUC